CUCUGUCUCUCUCUCAAAAAUAAAUAAAAACGUUAAAAAAUAGUCUCGUUUUUAUUUAUAGUUGACCUAAAACUAGGAUUACUUGCAUGAGUACUAGCUAACUAGUCAGUCAGCCCAUAUGGACUGCUUGCUUUUCUCCAGAAUGCUUUUCUCCAGAAUGGAUGUUUAGUUGGCCUUUGAGGAAAAUCAUGAACUCAUUCCAACUUAAGAAAGCUUUGUGAAUGACUAGAGCUUUCAGGAUUGUGUUUAUAUAGUUUCAAAGAUUAUGGGGGCGCCUGGGUGGCUCAGUCGGUUCAGCGUCCAACUUCGGCUCAGGUCAUGAUCUCACGGUUCGUGAGUUCAAGCCCCACGUCAGGCUCUGUGCUGAUGGCUCGGAGCCUGGAGCCUGUUUCGGAGUCUGUGUCUCCCUCUCUCUCUGACCCUCCCCCGUUCGUGCUCUGUCUCUCUCUGUCUCAAAAAUAAAUAAACGUUAAAAAAAAAAAAAGAUUGUUUUGUUUUUUAGAUGAAAGAUAAUUUAAGAAGAUUAGCUAGCAUCCUCAUUAACCUGGAGCUAUUUUAAUGGGGGAAAAAAGGGCAACUGUUUUCUUCUUAGGAAGUCAUAUAUUUAAUUUAUAAAUUAUAUUUAAUCAAAUUUUAUUUAGGUUGUAUAGGAUAAUUUUCAAGUACAGAAUGUUAGCUAACCUAGAAAACACUGUGGUUCAAGUGAACAUCAUUUUAUUAGCAUUUUUAAAACCUCAUCAUACUAGUUUAUACAAUAAAUGUGUUUCUAUAAAGGUACAGAUAUAUAAAUAAAGAAGAUAAAUAUAUAAAGAUUACAUUUUGGAAAUGGAUGAAAGUCACCAUGGUACUUAGGUUCCUAAAACCAAUCCUACAAUAAUUAUUUUCCUAAAUGUAGGACCUAUUAUAAAAUGAACAUUGUGAUCCUGAUAUCUCUUUUUAAAUCUUGGGAUGAUUGGGAGGAAGUCAUAAUCAAUAAAUAUAUUAACAUAUUUUUGGAGUCUGAUAUUGUGAGCAUCAUGGAUAGACUUUAAAGUCAAAAUAAGUAUUUGACAGAAUUUUAAUAGGUAGAAGAAUUUAAUUUUUUUAUUAUCAGAUGGAGCAAAAAUAUUUGCAUCUGCAUUGAAUACUGGACUUUCCAGUGUGUGUGUGUGUGUGUGUGUGUGUGUGUGUGUGUGUGUGUGCACGUGCAUGUGUGAUCUAAGACUCAUGCUAUUCUAAGUGUGACGCAUGAGUUGGACUAGUUCAUGAGCUGUGUUGCUGGUCUGCAGUGAGAUAAGAACAGAAAUUUAGAGUGUUUAGAGAUGUUUAUAGCAACUGAACAGAGUAAUUUUAGGUCUGUUGAAUCUGAUACAAACUUGGGCUUGCAUAUUUGUGUGUGUUUUGUUUUUUUCUUUCCAUUUGGCUAAGAAUUCAUUUUUAUUUUACUUUUUACAAAAGUAUUGGUCUAUGAUGGAUUUGGGAAGAGAACGAAACUGGUAACACGAUUGAUUUGGGAAGCAUUGGUGAGAAACCUGCGUUACUGUGGCAGAAAGGUGGUAUAAUUUUUAAUAUUUCAUGUGACAUUCCAUAUGAUGUGGAAUAGUGUGGCUUAUGUUGUCACUUUACUAAUCCCUAGUAUAGUCAUAUUCCCUAACCUUUCCAGCAUAACUGUUCUUUCCAUUUAAUGGUGUCAUUUUGCUCUUCUUGUUUCCUGGAGUGAUUUGCAAAGAAGUAUUCUUUGGAUUUAUUUAUUCAUUCAACCAUUAUUUACUGAGCAUCUCUUAGAACAGUGUGGCGGGUACUGUUCUAAGAUUGGGAGUUCAGCAGUAACAAAACAGGUAUACAAUCCUGCUCUCAUAGCUUAUAUGAAAAGAAUUAAAACAUAUAAAUAUGCAUGUAUAUACAGGCACAAAUAUGCAUACACACAUGAACUAUGAGGUGGUUGAUUGAUCCCAAGUGUCAUCCAAUUCCACUUAUGCCUGUCUGAUGCAUACUUUCCUCUCCUUGGAUAUUACGAUCACUGUUGAUGUGGUUUUGUGUCUGAAUGCUAUUGUUGACAAAGUAAGAGUCCCCAGGUGACAGAUAUAGGUGGCUUCCCCUAGGGCCACUGAUGUUUGAGCGUGGCUUCCCCAUAUUGGUGAGGACAGUGGAACAAAUAAAGCCUCAGAGACUGGAGGAACUUGGUGUUCACUGUCCUGAAUCGCUGUCUCCUUUUGGGAUGCCAUUAAAUGUAGAGUUCAAUUGGGUACAUUUCUUUGGUUCAGCAGGAAGGACUAUGGUCUUCUGCAGGACUGUGUUCCAAUCCCGAUAGUCUAGAGUGUAGCACUGGGGAGGCACUGACCCUCUGAAAUUAGGACAGCAUUUUGUAGAUGUGUACUUUUCUGGAGUAAGUCACCCAACUUUCAUCAGCUUCUGUAAGUGAUUUAUGACCCCCAAAGCUAACGAAUCAUUGGCGAACAGGGGCCUCCCAUGCAAUUUAUAGUUCGGCCCCUAUUAUUUAAUCUGGUUUCAUCUCCUCUUGUUUCCUCCCUUGAGCUUUUCUGCAAUGGCUCAACUGGUCUCCUCACUGCUGCUCCCGUGUGCCAGGCACAGUCCCAUCUGGAAUGUAUCAUCUCCAACCACGCACAGAAUUCAUCUCCUCACCUCCUUUAAGCCUUUGCGCAGAUGUCAUCCUCUGGGCUUCCCCUGACUGGUGGAUGUAGAGUUGUAUCUCUUUCCUGGCCCUGACUUGGUCCUUUUGAUGCUUCUUGCUCUGCCUUACUUGUAUUCCUUUAACAUAUUUUGUGGCUUAAUUAUUUCUUGAAUUUGUUGUCCGUGGGCACUCUACAGGGAUUUUUGCCUCUUUGCUCACUGCUAUAUCCUUAGCACCUUGAACAGUGUCUGGCACAUAGUAGAAAGAUGGUGGCUUCCAUACCUUCUGAAGGAGGAAGGCUUUGGUGGUGUGUUUAUACCCCUCAGUCAUCUUUCUGCGCCCUAAAGGGACAGGGCCAGUGUAGGGUAGGGUAAGCAAGAGAGGUGGAUGUCCUGACUCCCCCAAGGACUGAAAUAAACAUAGUAGGUGUUCAUUAAAUAUUUGAUGAAUAAAUGAAUGAAUAUGGGAUCUGACUCUCCCCUUCAGAGUGUACCACAUGGAGCUUAAAUUUGGCCUGUUCAGCUGAGAUUCCUCAUGUUGCUCUGUGUGUACUCCCUCCCAUAGGUUAUGGUUUCGUGGAUCUUAGUUCUUAUGUUGCCGUAAAUUGGCUUUCAGUGCAUCUCUUUACUUUUCUCUCCAAGUUUCCAAUAUUCCAUCUUUGUCUUGCUCAGUUUUGCUGUCUAUGUCAUCUUACUGGACCCUAGACUCUCUAAGCAUUUAUAGACAGUACCUUAGGCAAGUUAGCUGGCCUUUCUAUCCCCUGGCUUCCUGAUCUGUAAAAUGGGGGUGAUAACAUAUAUGACCUUGCAAGGUUGCUGUGAGAGUGAAAUGAGAUGAGGCUUGUUAAGUAGAUUAGACAGGACCUGACAUAAAUAUUGGUUGCAGUAAUGCUGAUAAAGAUACAAGCAUGUCAUGGCUCAGCAUCAUGCGUGGCAUGUGCAGGCACAGAGUAAAUGGCACUUGUCGGAGUUGUUAUGCUUUUUCCCAACCCUUUAUUACCACCACUGAUGAUACCGUUCCAGAGAGUCAUCAAAGAUUGGGGCGUUAGCAGAAGACCGUAGAGGAGAGUAAGCGUUGUCUUCCUUUCUCUUCCUGUCCCUUCUUCGACCUCGACCUCCACCUCUUCCUCUGCCUCUUCUUCUUCCGUGCUUGCUCCCUUGCCAAGCCUUGGAAGACCUUUCAGGGCUGAAACUCCCUCUGCUGUGCAGUGUCACGGUGGUUGUCACCAUGAUACAGCACUCAGCCUUUUGUGCCACAUUCUCUUUGAGCAGAUAGCAGUAGGAAACUUGCAUGUUCCCCUGAGACAUAUUUCCACCCAUGUAUGCAACAACCGUCAUGAUUUCUGGCAAAGGUUUUAUUUUUUUGGAGGGCAUUUCAAGGAGCUGCCCUGUAAGCCUCUGAAUGCAUGAGUUGUUUGUUUUUUUCUUUUUUCUUUUUUCCCCUCAGUGACAGGUUAGUAAAACUCCCCAGAUUUGAAUCUUACAAUCGAUCAAUCAGCAAAGGUUUAUUAAGUAUAUAUAUUAAACCUUUUUUUUUUUUUUUUUUUUGAGCAGCAGAAUGGCAUGGUGAAAGGCAGGUUUUAGAAAGAUUCACCUGGGGACUGUGUGCAUAGUUGGUAGAGGGGGGUGUUGUAAAUCCAGUAGAGAAGGGAGAGAAGGAUAUAUCAUAGGAAUUGGUAACAGUCAGAACUGCAACAGUGCCAGUGGCCAUGGAAGCCUGGGUGGUACAUGGGGAACAUCUAUUUUCAGAUUUCUUAAGCACUGCUGGACAGUCUCCCACGACAGUUUACCAGCAGUGUCUGUGAGGUCUGGAAGCUCCCCGUUCUUGCCAACACUUGGUUACUAUUGCUGCCUAGCAAAUGCUGUGAAAAUACAGUGAUUGGAAAACACAACUAUCAUUUUCUUAUCUGUUGUGGUCUCUGUGAGCCAGGCAUUCAGGAGGACUGGACUGGACUGGGAAGCUGUGGCUUGGGGUCUCUCAUGACGUUGUAGAGAAAUGGUGGCUUCCGUACCUUCUGAAGGGGGCGGACUUUGGUGGUCAGUUUUUACCCCUUCUUGUCAUCUUCCUGAGCCCCGAAGGUACAGGGCCAGUGUCGGGUAAGUGAGAGAGGUAGAAUCCUGGUUCUCCCAGGGAUCAAAAUAAACAUUUAUUGAGCACCUGCCGUGUCCUAGGCCUUGUGCAGGGUGUUCUACUACAAUAGCAAGUGUUUAAUUGUCUUCAGCACGAUCCUUCCUUCAGAGUUACCUUCCUAGACAAGGCUUUCCUUAACAACCCUGCUAAUUAAAUAUGCUUCCCUUUUUAUGUCCAUCUUACUGCUCAAAUUAUUACCUCUGUAACUCUUUUCUCUAUUUAUACUGUGUAGUUGUUGGCUUGUUUGUUACUUGUCUGGUUUCCUCCCCCCCACUCCCUGGUAGCAGACUGAGGGUCCAUGACUACAAGGACUCUGUCUCUUGGGUGCGCAACUCUUUACUGAGGUGGACGAUAGGAGAGGUGAAAUAGAGGGCACCAGAAAAAUUUGAAUUUCAGAGCAGAACAUAAUAUUUUAAUGUAAGUAUGUCCCCAGUAUAGAACAUUUUAAAGUAUAAGUAUAUCCCAGAUGUGGGACUUGCUUAUACUAGAUACUAUUUGUGGUUUAUUUGAAACUCAAGUUCAAUUUGAUGUCUGGUAGUUUUAUUUGCUACAUCUGAGCACUCUAGUACCUGAUAUUUGAGCAUAGUGUAUAUAGCACAUAGUCGAAGGUCAGUGAAGUGUUUGAAUGAAUGAAUGAGUGAAUAAAUGAAAAAGUUCAUUUCUUUCUCCUGAACAGUUUUGCAAGGUGGGUAUUAUUAUUUUACAGAUAGGGAAAUUGACGUUCAAAGAAAAUAGUAAGCUUGCCCAUGCUCUGAGAGAUAGUUGGUAUAGGAUGGGGAUAUGAGUCCAGUUUUGAAAGCUGCUAUCUUUGGCUUUUAGUUAGCUCUGUUUUCUUUCCACUACAUCGUGUUGCCUUGCCUUGUUAAGAGAUUUCCUCCUUGUAGCACAUUUCUUCACUGUAUCAACAGACAGCUAAGCUUGGUUCAGUUUAAGUAGAAAGAGUUUAUUACACAGAAUAUUCGGGAGCCUGGGACCCUUGGGAGGCCAGUGAAGCAGCCUGAGGCUGAGUAGUGAGGAACUACGCCCCAGCACACUAUAUAGAACAAGGACACUGAUGUAGCUGCCUCUGGGUGCACACAUUGUAGCUUGCAACAUUGACCUGACUGAGGCAGACCAUUAAACCAUACAGCCAAAUCCUAUACCCCUAUGCCUUCCAGAUGUAGCUGUUUCUUUCCUUGUCAGAGCACAGGUCUGCACAGUGUGGCCCAGGUAUGUCUGAUUGGUGGAACGGAAGGCACAUGUCUUACCCUAGCUGCAAGGGAGUCUGGGAAAGUGAGCCCUUGGCUUUCACCAUGGAAGUUGUCUCUGUCUCCCUCUGAACUCAUAAGAAGAGGAAUUCCCCCAAACCCAGGAAGUGUCUUAAAAGGUGCUGAGUAGCCUAAAAGAUAAUACACGUCCACCUAACUAAUACCUGCUUCAACCUUUGUUAGCAUAGUGCCUUCUAAGUUUUUAAAACAGGCAUUACUUUCUACCUGGUAUGAAAACAGGAAUUACAUUUGGCUGAAUUUUUUAAUCUGCCCAAUGAAGGACCAAGUCUGUGCUCCCUGGAGGCAGUUGAUACAUUAGUAAAUAAAACUCAGUUCUUCUUGUGGUGGGAUUUUACAGGUGACUUUAAAUUUAUGUAUAUUUUUCUAAAUUUCCUAUCACAAACAUUUGGAAUAAAAAGGAAAGUCUUCAAAAUUUGGUAACUGGGAGAAAUCCCGUGAACUUCCUUGUCCGCAAUUCUGAAAUCCAGAAAUCUCUGAAUAUUGAAGCAUUUUUUUUCUUUUUUAAAUUUUACUUCAUUUGGCAGAAUUAGCUGACCUGAAAUGACAUGAGGCUAUUUAUCAUCUUUAUUGUCUCAGUUUAAUAUUCAUAUGUUUCCAGCAGAAAUAUUAAUGCACUUGAUUAUGAGCUAUUGCCCUAUCCCACUGGGGAUAUUAUACUGUGUGUGUACUGUUCUCUUUAUAAAAUCUGGAAAACUCUGGUGUCCAAGACUUACCAGUCCCCAAGAGUUUCUUUGAAGUGUGUGUGUGAAUACACAGGCAUAGUAUGUAAGUAGAAAUUUGUGGAAUGACAUAUAAAAAGCUUUGGGCCAGUGAUUACCUCUAAGAACAGGGAUUAGAUGGGAAGACAGUGAGGGAUCAAUUUAUCCUUCCUAUUCUUCAGUAUUUCUAAUAAUUUUUAUAGCAAAACAAUUGCCUUUUUCAAUGAAAAAAGAAAGAAUUGGCUGGAGGUUUUAUUUAUUUGGGAAAACAGUGGUGAUAUUAUUAUUUUUUUGGUACUAUUAAUUUUAAAAGAUAUUUUGUCAAGCAGUCUGUGCCUUUACUUAUUACUUCAACAUUACCCACUGCUGACAAGGACCCCCAGAAAAUUAGGUACACACCAGGCAGUCUGCUGCCUUUUGGACAGUAAGUGCAUGCUAUAGUGGCAGGAAAUUUGCAUCAGCAAAAAAACACUAAUUUUGCUUAGAAAAAUAAAAUAAAGGACUCAAAAAUGUGAUGAGUAAAUGAAACUAGUGUUAUUAGUGAUGGGUUUGGCAUGUUUUACGAAGUCUGAAUGAUUACUCAUCCACUGUACGUUUGCAGAAGUUCUUUAACAAAAGCCAGAUGCAUACGUAGUAGCAGGGGUUAGUAGGUGGAUGAGAGGAUUAAACCCAGCGAGUUUUUGGAGCAUUGGUUUGUAGCUGUUUUUGGCUUGUCAACAGGCUACUUUUCUGAGUCAGCCUAUAGGAUGGCUUCCCAGGCAGUUCCGAGGAGCAUCCUGGGGCCUCCAAGCCUCCGAUAAGCUCCUCCAGUAUGACAUCACGCAUCUUGCUACGCCAGCAACUCAUGCGUGAGCAAAUGCAGGAGCAGGAGCGCAGGGAGCAGCAGCAGAAGCUGCAGGCGGCCCAGUUCAUGCAACAGAGAGUGCCAGUGAGUCAGACCCCGGCCAUAAACGUCAGCGUGCCCACCACCACCCUUCCCUCUGCCACCCAGGUGCCGAUGGAAGUCCUCAAGGUGCAGACCCACCUCGAAAACCCCACCAAGUACCACAUACAGCAAGCCCAAAGGCAGCAGGUAAAGCAGUACCUUUCUACCACUUUAGCAAAUAAACAUGCCAACCAAGUCCUGAGCUUGCCAUGUCCAAACCAGCCUGGCGAUCAUGUCAUGCCACCAGUGCCGGGGAGCAGCGCACCCAACAGCCCCAUGGCUAUGCUCACACUUAACUCCAACUGUGAAAAAGAGGGAUUUUAUAAGUUUGAAGAGCAAAACAGGGCGGAAAGCGAAUGCCCAACUAUGAACACACAUUCACGAGCGUCAUGCAUGCAGAUGGAUGAUGUAAUUGAUGACAUCAUUAGCCUAGAAUCAAGUUACAAUGAAGAAAUCCUGGGCUUGAUGGAUCCUGCUUUGCAGAUGGCAAAUACGUUACCUGUCUCUGGAAAUCUGAUUGAUCUUUAUGGCAACCAAGGACUGCCACCCCCAGGCCUCACCAUCAGCAACUCCUGUCCAGCCAACCUUCCCAACAUAAAAAGGGAGCUCACAGCGUGUAUUUUUCCCACAGAAUCUGAAGCGAGAGCAUUGGCCAAAGAGAGGCAAAAAAAGGACAAUCACAACUUGAUUGAAAGAAGAAGACGAUUUAACAUAAAUGAUCGCAUUAAAGAACUAGGUACUUUGAUUCCCAAGUCCAAUGAUCCAGACAUGCGCUGGAACAAGGGAACCAUUUUGAAAGCCUCUGUGGACUAUAUUCGAAAGUUGCAACGAGAACAGCAACGUGCAAAGGAACUUGAAACCCGACAGAAGAAACUGGAGCAUGCCAACCGGCACCUGUUGCUCAGGAUACAGGAACUUGAAAUGCAGGCUCGAGCUCAUGGACUUUCUCUCAUCCCAUCCACGGGCCUCUGCUCUCCAGAUUUGGUGAAUCGGAUCAUCAAGCAAGAACCCGCUCUUGAGAACUGCAGCCAAGACCUCCUUCAGCACCACACAGACCUCCCUUGUACGACGACACUCGAUCUCACAGAUGGCACCAUCACCUUCAACAACAACCUUGGAGCCGGGACCGAAAGCAACCAGGCCUAUAGCGUCCCCACGAAAAUGGGAUCCAAACUGGAAGACAUCCUGAUGGAUGACACUCUUUCUCCCGUUGGCGUAACUGACCCACUCCUUUCGUCGGUGUCUCCCGGAGCCUCCAAAGCCAGCAGCCGGAGGAGCAGCAUGAGCAUGGAAGAAACCGAGCAUGCUUGUUAGCAGGCCCUCCCUGCUCUGCGCUGUCCAAAACUGCUUCCUUUCUUGAUUCGUAGGUUUCAUAAUUUACCUGAAGGGGUUUUCUUGAUAAUUUUCCUUUAAUAUGAAAAAAUUUUUUUUCAUGCUUUAUCAAUAGCCCAGGAUAUAUUUUAUUUUUAGAAUUUUGUGAAACGGACUUGUAUAUUCUAUUUUACAACUACAAAUGCCUCCAAAGUAUUGUACGAUAAGUGUGCAGUAUCUGUGAACUGAAUUCACCCCGGACUCUAGCUUUCUGAGCAAGAGGAUUUUUGCAUCAGAGAAAUUUCUGUCCAUUUUUAUCCAGGGGAGACUUGGUUUGAGAUUUUUAUGCCUGUGACAUCUUUGGAAAUUAAAUGUCAAGUUUAAUCGAAAGAAUGUAAACCAACCAAAUAAAAGAAACCCAGAGAGAAAGAGAUUGAGGAAAGAGAAGAAGAAAAGAAAUCCACAUUAACCCUUUUUUUAAUUUGUAAAUGUAUUGAUUCAUUGGUACUGCCUUAAAGAUCCAGUACCGUUCUAACGCCAUUUAGUCUUUCUGCUGCGAACUAUUUAAGGCAAUACAAUAUUCUGUAAAAGAAAAAAAAAGUGCAACCAAUUUUGUGAGGAUUGUCUGGUUAGAAAAUGUAACUGCUCUGCCAUACUUAGGUGCAAGUGAAAUUGAAGGGUUAGAGACCAAGGAUCUGAAACAUGGGGUCUCAUCUUGCUGUCCU